CCAAGAGCAUCCAUCUUCUUUCAAUCAAAAAAGAAGAAUCUUUAGCUAGAUUUAGGGGGAAAGGAUGCAUUUAUACAAUAUCACACUUGUGCCGCCAUCCAAUAUAACAGCGGCUGUUGUUGGACAAUUUAGUGGAACAAGACAGCAAGAGAUUGUGGUAUGCAAGGCAGGCACGAGACUGGAACUUAUACGACCCGACACGAAUACGGGAAAGCAGUAUACAGUCUUGGAGCAAGAUGCAUUCGGAACAGUGAGGAGUCUGGCAAGCUUUCGAUUGACAGGUGGUACACAGGAUUACUUGAUCAUCGGCUCGGAUUCAGGUAGGAUCACAAUUGCCGAAUAUGUUGUCAAACAAAAUGCAUUUCGUGUAGUUCAUCAAGAGACAUUUGGAAGGUCAGGCGCCAGGAGGGUGGUUGCAGGACAGUACUUGGCAACUGAUCCAAAGGGAAGAGCAACGAUGAUCGGAGCAGUGGAAAAGUCAAAGUUGGUAUACAUCUUGAACAGAGACGCAGAGGCAAACCUAACAAUAUCCAGUCCUUUGGAGGCACAUAGACCUAAUGCGAUCAUACAUGCAAUUGUGGGUGUUGAUGUAGGAUAUGAGAACCCUUUGUUUGCGACACUAGAGGUGGACUAUGACGAAGCAGAUCGGGAUCCGUCAGGAGAGGCCUUCGAACGUACAGAGAAGCUCUUGACGUAUUACGAGCUGGAUUUGGGACUGAAUCAUGUCGUCAGGAGAUGGUCUUCGCCUGUGGAUAUGCUUUCCAACCAUCUAGUGCAAGUGCCGGGUGGAUACAAUCAAAACACAGAAAGAUGGGAAGGACCAAGUGGAGUUUUGGUCUGCUCAGAAGAUUACAUUACAUACAAACACAAUGUCGGCGAGGAUCACAGGAUACCCAUCCCGCGAAGGCUCAAUCCUGUCGAGCGAGCAUCAGAGAGGAGAGGCAAUAUCAUAGUCGCAAGCGUCUGCCAUCGUAUGAAAACAGCAUUUUUCUUCCUACUGCAAAAUGAAAAUGGAGAUUUGUUCAAGGUGACGAUUGAUCAUGAAGGUGAAGAAAUGCAAUCUCUAAAGAUCAAGUACUUCGACACUGUUCCUCUUGCGACGAAUCUGUGUAUUCUUCGUGCGGGAUUCUUGUACGUUGCGGCAGAAUCUGGUAAUUCUUCGCUUUACUCCUUCCAGAAGCUAGGCGAUGAUGACGACUUCCCGGAAUAUGCAUCGUCCGACUAUCCUCGGUUGGGCAUGACAGAAACGCCACCUGCUUGUCCAACAUUCACGCCAAGGCCGCUGGAGAACCUUUUGUUGACAGAUGAGAAUGACGCUUUGGAUCCUUUGUUAGACGCUAAACUUCUCAAUCCGUUAGCAAGCGAUACACCACAGAUAUUCACAGCAUCAGGUCGCGGUCCAAGGAGUCAUCUAAAGAUGUUGCAGCAUGGUCUUGAUGUUCAAGAGGCUGUCAGUAGUGAAUUACCGGGAGUGCCCAAAUCAGUCUGGACGACUAAGUUGCGUGCGAACGACGAACACGAUUCGUACAUCAUUCUUUCAUUCGUCAAUGGUACUUUAGUCUUAUCGAUUGGAGAAUCGAUUGAAGAAGUGAGCGAUAGUGGCUUGCUAACAUCUGCACCGACAUUGGCAGUACAACAAUUAGGCGAUGAUGCGCUUCUACAAGUUCAUCCAGAUGGAAUACGUCAUAUCUUAGCGGACAAGCAAGUCACAGAAUGGACAGCUCCUGAAACAUCAAAUGGCGAACAGAGUAGGAUUGUCCAAGCUGCCACUAAUUCCAGACAGGUUGUCGUGGCUUUGGAGCCCAGUAACGAGCUCGUAUAUUUUGAAUUAGAUAUGGACGGUCAAUUGAAUGAAUAUCAAGAUAGGAAAGCAGUCGGUUCAUCUGUGCUAACGAUGAGUUUGGGAGAAGUGCCAGAAGGAAGACAGAGAACGCCUUACCUUGCCGUCGGAUGUCAAGAUCAGACAGUUCGUAUCAUUUCAUUGGACCCGGACAACACCCUCGCUUCCGUUUCCAUUCAAGCUCUGACCGCGCCUCCUAAUAGCAUCUGUGUCGCAGAGAUGAACGAUAUGUCAAUCGAUCCAAAUCAUCCGACAAUGUUUGUCAAUAUUGGUUUGACGAAUGGUGUCUUGUUGCGCACUGUGCUCGAUCCAAUCUCAGGUCAGUUGACCGAUACAAGAUUACGUUUCUUGGGCGCCAAGCCGGUUCGUCUGAUCCGUGUUAGAAUGCAAGGCAAUGAGACAGCAGUGCUCGCAUUGAGUACUAGAAGCUGGCUCUCUUACACGUUCCAACAACGUACCCACUUUACGCCUUUGUUAUUCGAUAGCUUGGAUCAUGCUUGGACGUUCAGUGCUGAAUUGUGUCCGGAAGGAUUGAUCGGAAUCAGUGCUGGCAAUUUACGCAUCUUUACGAUUCCUGUGCUCGGACAAAAGUUCAAGACGGAUAAAUUCGCGUUGACCAAUACGCCUCGACGAAUUGCAUCUCAUCCAGAUGAUGUAAACUUAGUCUUUAUUGCUGGUGCUGAUCAUCGGGUGAUGUCAGAAUGGGAAAAGGAGAAACGAUUGGCUGAAUUGGGUCGCGAUUUGAAGCCGAAAGAUCAGGGUGUGCUCAACCUAUCGCCAGCAGAAUUUGGUCCCGUUCGUGCUGAGGCUGGAAAUUGGAGUAGCUCCGUUCAAAUUGUGGACAUCCGUCAAGCCGAUAAGCCCAUCCAUACGCUACAGCUGGAGAACAACGAGGCAGCAACUUGUCUAUGCCUGGCUUCGUUUGCAAACGAUCCUUUAGCUCAGAAUGGAUCGGCUAUGACAAACGGUAAUGGCGCCGCAAUGAAUGGCUAUCAUGAAAGCUCGCCUUAUCUGAUCAUUGGUAGCUCUGUAGGUGCAACUGUGCGACCAAGAUCUUCGACAAAGAAUUACCUCAGCGUCUACGCUUUGGAAAGUGAGGGCAAAUCACUGACUCUCAUCCACAAGACGGAAGUGGACGAUAUUCCGAGCGUCGUACAACCGUUCGGCGGACGAUUGGUGGCCGGAAUAGGCAAGGCAUUGAGGGUGUAUGACAUGGGUCGAAAGAAGCUAUUGCGUAAAUGUGAAAAUAAAUCGUUCCCGACAAACAUUACUGCAAUUUCUACUCAAGCAGGUCGAAUCGUGGUUGGAGACGUACAAGAAUCGACAUUCUUUGUAACGUACAAGCCGAUUGAGAAUCGAUUGUUAAUCUUUGCAGAUGAUACGCUGCCAAGAUGGACGACCGCUUUGGCCAUGCUGGACUACGAUACUGUUUGCGCUGGGGACAAAUUCGGUAACAUCUUUGUCAAUCGAAUCGAUGGUGAGGUCAGUAAAUCGGUCGAUGAAGAUACGACUGGACUUACGGUGAUGCAUGAGAAACCAUACUUACAAGGAGCACCGCACAAACUUACCCUUGAAGCUCAUUUCCAUCUUGGCGAUAUUGUAAUAAGCAUCCACAAAACUUCACUCGUUGCAGGCGGUCGACCGGUGAUCAUUUAUACAUGCUUAGGAGGCACGGUUGGAUGUUUGGUGCCAUUUAGUAGUAAGGAGGAUAUGGAGAUGAUGACAUCGCUGGAAAUUCUAAUGAGAAAGGAACAGAUUCUUAACCUUUUAGGAAGGGAACAUAUGUCUUUCAGAGGAUCUUAUACCCCGGUCAAAUCAGUGAUCGAUGGAGAUUUGUGCGAAUUGUUUGCUACUUUACCACUCGUUCGACAAAGGGCGAUCGCGGAAGAAUUCGAACGCACGCCUGCAGAAAUGAACAAAAAGCUUGAAUCGAUCAGAACUACAAGUGCUUUCUAAAAAGACAUGCUGUUGUACUCUAGUGUAGUAUAAUUCAAA